CGCAGGGAAAGCGAAAGCAACGCGGAGGAAGAUGGAGGACGACCAAGAUCCAGGCUAUUAUGGCUACAUGGACGAGCCGCCGUCCCCACUGCCGCCAUACGCCGCAGCAGCUGCUGCUGCAGCAGCGGCAGCCGCGCAUGCACCUUCCCCAGACAUGAUGGAUGACCAGCCACACCACCACCACCAGCAGCAACACCAGCAGCAGGAGGAUCAGCAAGAGGAGGUCAUCCAUCCGCCAGGCCUGUACACAUCUCUGCGGCUGUCGGCCAGCGAGCACACGGGCGUGUCAUUCGGCGGCCCAUGUCUGCUGGCUGUGGCGCCUUUGCUCAAGCGGACGGCCGCUGCGGACGCUGGUGCGGGGCUGCCGAUGGAGCGGUGUGUGGAGAUGCGGUGCGGGCAGCUCGGCAAAGAGAUCUCCAUGAGCGCAGCCAGGGUACGUACGUGGGCACACACAUGCUCAUCUACAGCUGGCAUACACCGUGGUCUCUCUGUGUGUGUGGUGUGUGUGUGUCCUCAGUUGCUGGAGGACUUGUCGGGUCUGUAUGAGCGGUACUCGCUGCCUCUCGCGGCGUCCCGUUCGCGGCGGACAGAUGGGGACGUUGGGGAGGAGGGAGGCAUCGACCAUCAAACCCAGGACACACUCAUCAGCUACGGCAGGGAACUCAAACACAUCCUGCACACUUACAAGCAGGUAGGUAUGGUAUGCCGGGGGCCGGGCGAAUGGGGUGCUCUGCCCGCUCUCGCUCAUGCGUGUGUGUAUGUGUGCGUGUAGGUGGGUGGAUUGUGCAACACGACGGACACGGGGCCUGCCGAUGUAGACGAAAACAACGUACGUAUGCCCUCCCACAUAGGACAAAAGGGACAUAGGGGAGCGAGGCAGGCAGGCAGGGAGGGGGGAUCCAUCCAUCCACAAGCAGUCAGUCGGUAAGCAAUCCUCGCCUCUCUGUCAACAAGUCUGUCUGUCUGUUGCAGAUGGCGCACCUGGUCUACUCACUCGUCGACGUGUUCGUCAACGAACCUCCAGCGGCCUCACUCGGCGCAAAGUACGGAGGAGGAAGCACAGCCGUCUGUCAUCCGUCCAUCCAUCCAUCCAUCCUGCCAUCAGGUUGCUGGAGUGUGUUCGCGAGAACCUGUUUGGCGGUGGUGAUGAGGUGACCCGGCUGCUUGAGACUGCUGCAGAGUUCCUCGCGCGGCCGUCCGACGAUCCUGUGGGCAUCGCAAGUGUCUGCAAGUGAGUGACUACUGACUGGAGGGAGGGAAGGUGGGCGGACCGACGGACGGACAGACAGGCUGUGCACACGUGUGUGUGUGUGUGUGUGUGAUUGAUAAGGUUCUACCUGUUCCGUGCUGAGGGCGAGUUGCGGGAGCACACGCCCCCACACCAGAUGUGGGACCGAAUACACGUAGGUCCCCCGGCAGCUGAGCUGCAUCGCCUGCCUUCCAUGUGUGUGUGCGUUGACGCGUGUGCAUGUGUGUGUAUGUGUGUGGCAGCGUCUCUUUGACGACCUCAACCAGCGUAUGCCGCUCGCCGGCGAUUUCCGCCCGGAGGUCAUCCAGUACUUCAACAGACAGGCGCAGUAAGCACCACAUACACGCACACACACACACACACACACAGAGAGAGAGAGAGAGAGGGGGAGAGAGACGGCAUGGCGUGGCUGUGUGUGCCAUGUGUGUGUGGUAGGGCGUUGCUGCGCGACCUGGAUCGCAGGCCGCCUAGUGCGCACAAGCCGCUGCUGACCGCACUGCUCUCGGCGCUUGGCGGUGAUGUGGGUGCCAUCGCACAGGUGCGUUGCUGGUGGCUUGGCGGAGAGGGGGGCAGGUCGUUCUAUGCUAUUCGUCCGUGUCUGUCUCUCCUCUCUCCGUGUGCUGUGCGUGUUUAGGUGACGUUCCACUCGUUCAUGGAGCAGUACAUCGUGACGCUGUAUUGGGUGUACCCACACGUCACGAUGGCCGGACAAGGCGCGUCGGACAAAAUACUGGAGCUGUCCAAGUAUGUCUGUGCCAGUCUGUGUGCAGCUCUCUCUCUCUCUCGCUCUCUCUCUCUCUUUCUCUCUCUCUGUGUGUGUGUGUGUGUGUGUGUGGUUCAGCAACAUGGGCGACGCCGCGCAGUGGGGGCCUCCAGAAGAUCUGCUCGGAUACCUCAUCAGCAGAGUCGAGCAUGUGGUUAGUGAGCCAGGAGGUGGGCGAGAGAGGCCAUGUGUGUGUCAAUUACUCACCUGGUCUCUCUCUCUCUCUCUCUGUGUGUGUGUGCCUGUGUGUGCAUGCAUCAUGAUGUGUUGCUGCUGCACCGGCCGGUGUGUUCGUCUUUCGUUCAGCCGGAUGUGUUGAGGGAGCAGUUCCCGAUGCUCCCCGACUUCAUCCUGCCCUUCGUCACAGACAUCCUAUUCCACGCCAGAAAACUCAAUGACCAACAGGCAGCAACCAUCCCUCUCACUCACUCACACACACUCACGGAACACACAAGGCGUGUCGUGUGUCGUGUGUGUUCAGGCGGCCGUCACACAGGCCUGGUACCACUACGCCGGCUGGCUGACCACCCUGAUACCCAUCCCCCGACCCACAGCACCAGCGGCACCAGCGGCAGCGGCAGCGGCAGGAGGAUGGGCCAUGGGGCAGCAGCCACGUGGAGGGGUCGAGCAGCACUUCAUGGCGCGGCUGGGUGUGUGGAGGUGUGCGCGGACCGUCCUGCUCGGCCUGGUGCGGCACUUCUCGUCCGUCGCUGCUGCCUCGCUCAUGGCCAAGUCCAUCGAGGUACGCAGCUAGGAGGGUCUCACUGCAAUAGAGUAUCUGUGUGUGUCUACCUACCGGUCCCCCUCUCUCUCUGUGUAUGUGUGUGUGUGUCUCUAUGGGCUGGUUUCUCAGCAUUUGUGUGCUGGUUGUCCGCCCCACUGCCGAUCUGACCUCGAGGGCACCGUCCGCGACACCAUGGAGCGCCUCAGCGACACCAUGCCGAUGGAGCAGCGCCUCAAAUGGCACCUGGCGGGUCUCAUGCCGUCACUUAUGCAGGUCGGGACACCAUCGUCGGACGCAAAACGACCUUUGCUCGCGCCGUGUGUGUGUGUGUGUGUGUGUGCAGCGGUAUGCCAUCGAGAGCUUCUCGGAGUACGAGAGCCUCACCGAGGGCCCGUUCCUCCCCUGGCAGCCACGGCAGCUGCAGCACGACGCGCUGAGGCGGUCGGUGGACUUGGCCGUCCAGGCCAUCACCCACAAGCUGCGGCAGACCGGCGGCCGGCCUCACCCCUCCGACACACCACCACUCUUCGCACUGGUCAACCGACUGCUCAUCAGGGCAGGUCUGUUUGCAGGCAGAAAGGGCCCACACACGACACGGGCACACACACACUGUGCCAAUCUGUCUGUGUGUGUGUGUGUGCAGAUGUGGGCGUGCUGAUGGGGGUGUUUGCGGACGGGGCCUUCAUCGGUGUGGUGCGGCAGCAGCUGCGCGAGCAGCUCAGCAUACUGGGGCUGCCCCUGGGGGUGGGCAGGCAGGAGGACAAGAGCGGCAGUGUCAUCCUGGACUUCUGGAUCACCGUGGGGGAAUACGCCGCCACUUACAGGGUACAGUACACCUUGAUCCACUGACUGACGGAGUCAGUGGCUUUUCUCUGCGGUCGAAUAUAUUGUUUGUUGUGCAGUCAUUCGAGCAGCAGUAUACGCCUCCCCCUCCCCCUCUCGCCCCACCACCAGCGGCGGCAGCAGCAGCCGCCGCCCCGCCCCACCCCCCGGGCACCCCCCCCGUCUCGCUGCACCUGUUCGCCUCCCUGCUGGAGCCCCUCUACAACCUCAUCCGCGGCCCCGUGUGGUCCAACAACCAGGACGCCUGCCCCCCACCGCUCAGGAUGGCACUCUGGCAGCAGCUCGCGGCCGUCGUCACGGCCCUUGAAGCGCAGCACCCCAUUAGCGACCACCAGGAUGUAGUGACAUCGGCGGCGAGCGACGAGGGCGUGUUCUGGCGUGACGAGGGGCACCCGCUGCUCAAGUCUGUGUGCGGUGGGGGUAGUGGUGGGGGAGGGAGGGCAGGUGUAGGUGGUGGUGGUGUGGAGGGUGUGGCGAGAUCGGUGUUGGGUUCUGACGACUGGGGCAACCUGGUGACCGAGCUCAUCAAGGACAGCCGCUUCUUCGUCAGCGGAUCUGACACCCAGACAAAAUCAGGUAGGGUAAGUGAGCGGGCCAAGGAACACCUGCCGCAGCUGAGGGAGAGAUAUGUGCUUUUGCGUGCUGCCGUGUUGACCAGGCCAUGGCUACCUGCACGCCGAUGCGCCCGCCUUGUCCCCCGACGCCGUCGAUGAGUUUCGCCUGUCCUUCGGCCCGCUGCUCAAGAUGCUGCAAGCAGAGAGGGAGGCCGCCAGGCGCAUCGGCUACUCCGUCCGAGACAUAGCGGGCAGACGAGGGGGGGCAGGGAGGGCGGCAGAGGAGAUCGAGAGUCAGUAAGGUAAGACCCAGCCAGCAGGCCGGCCCGGCUGGUGUGGCACGCACUGAGAGGCGCGCCUCGUGUUUGCAGUCGUCUCAUGGAUUGACAGUUUUCCGACGCUGCUCGGUGUGCUGUGCCUUUGGGGGGAACUGUGAUGGCCAGCCAUUUUGCCGGCCGUUCGCGGGCGUGGGUGGCGAGAUGAAUGACCGUCACUAGACCGGACCCAUGGG